UGUGGGGGGGGCGGGGCAGAAGGAGUGGCGGGCGGCAGUGGCAGCUGCAGCGACCGUAGUGGCUAUUGGGCGGUGAGAGGAGAGAAGGGAGUGUUAGCACUCUGGGGACGGGCGGGAGAAAUUACUAGGUGAAAGCGAUUUGGGAUUCGGGACCGGUCCGCAAGUAGAGGCUCAGGGCUGGACCUGACCCCUCUGUCUUGUCCCGUGCCGCUCGGCCCCUUUCAGCCAGGGGAGUCCUCCCUUGGGUCGGAGCGUAACCAGGCUAGGCGGGCAGUGUUCCGAGGUCUCUACCGCGAAGAUGCCGAUCCUCCUGUUCCUCAUAGACACGUCGGCUUCAAUGAACCAGCGCACUGAGCUAGGUACAACGUAUCUAGACAUAGCAAAGAAUGCCGUGGAGAUUUUCCUAAAGCUCCGAGCGCGGGACCCAGCCAGUCGGGGAGACAGGUACAUGCUGGUCACCUCGGAAGACCCACCCUACUGUAUCAAGGCUGGCUGGAAAGAGAACCAUGCCACAUUCAUGACUGAACUGAAAAAUCUUCAGGCUUCUGGAUUGACUACUCUUGGCCAGGCUCUGAAGUCUGCCUUUGACCUGUUGAAUGUGAAUAGACUGGUGUCUGGAAUAGACAAUUACGGACAGGGGCGGAAUCCAUUUUUUCUGGAGCCAGCUCUUAUAAUUGCCUUCACUGAUGGAAAUAAGUUAACCAAUACUACUGGUGUACAAGAGGAGCUUCAUCUCCCUUUGACUUCUCCUCUGCCUGGAAGUGAGCUAACCAAAGAACCUUUCCGCUGGGACCAGCGGUUAUUUGCCCUGGUGCUGCGUAUGCCUGGGACGUUCUCAUCUGAGCCAGAGCCGCUAGGGAGCGUACCAAUGGAUGAAUCUGUUAUUACACAAAUGUGUGAAGUUACAGGAGGCCGCUCCUACUGCGUGAGGACACAGAAAAUGCUGAAUCAGUGCUUGGAGUCUUUAGUUCAGAAAGUCCAGAGUGGCGUCGUGAUUCACUUUGAAAAAGCAGGACCGGACUUGGCUGCUUUUGCUGAAGGGAGAGGGAAGAGAGAGUUCUACAAGUCAGCAAAAGCCAUUUCCCAUCAGCCAUGGCACAACUGUCGAAAGCUCAUUUAUGUGCGCCCUAACCCUAAAACUGGGGUUCCUGUUGGACACUGGCCAAUUCCAGAAUCUUUUUGGCCUGACCAAAACUCACCGACUCUGCCUCCUCGGACAGCUCACCCAGUCGUGCGAUUCUUCUGUGUGGACCACGAGCCCAUGCUCAUCGAGAAACUGCCUUUUGACAAGUAUGAACUUGAGCCUUCCCACUUAACUCAGCACAUCUUGGAACGCAAGUCACCUCAAACUUGCUGGCAGGUAUUCGUGGCCAGCAGUGGGAAGCACAGUGAACUGGAACACCCUUUUGGGUACCUGAAGGCGAGCACCACCUUAUCGUGUGUCAAUCUCUUCGUCCUGCCUUACAACUACCCUGUCUUGCUCCCACUUUUAGAUGAAUUGUUCAAGGUUCACAAGCUUAAUCCAAGCCCGAUGUGGUGGCAGGAGUUUGAUGAAUACAUAAAAUCCAUGCCUGCAUACUUCCUAUCACCAUUAAAGAAAGCACUGAGAUUGAUGGGAGCUCCAAAUAUCAUAUCAGAAAAUUUAGAACCUGGACUUAGUUACAGUGUCAUCUCGUACCUUAAAAAACUCAGCCAACAGAGCAAACUUGAGUCCGACAGAAGGAACGCAUUGGUGGGGAAGAAGCCUCCCCUGGAGAACGGAAUCAAAGUGAAAACCAUCUCUUUCGACUACCCUAUGGUUUCUAAUUUUGACCUUGAGCCCUCCGUGCUGCCUGGAGCCGCAGAGAAAUCUCCAAGUAGGGUUAGCCUGAUGGAAUUGAAUGGAAAAGAACCCUCAGAGUUCGAGAUAGCACUUCCAAAGAAGGAGGCAAAGCUUCACCUGUACAAGAAUCCUUUUGACAUUCCACGGAGCUGUCUUUUAGACCAAUUAACCAGAAUGAGAGCCAACCUGCUGAACACCCACACAAAUGUUGUUGGACAAAAUGAAGAUUUCUCUCACAGUAUUCCAAUUACUCAAAUGGGCAACUACCAGGAAUAUUUGAAGACGUUGCCUCCCCCACUUCGGGAAAUUGAUUCAGACCAACCAAAAAGACUUCACACAUUUGGGAAUCCUUUCAAACAGGUUAAGAAGGGGAUGAUGAUUGAUGAAGCUGAUGAGUUUAUGAUAGGGCCUCCACUCAAAGUUAAGUGCUGUGGAGAACUUUACCCUCUGGGAUCCCCGAAGAAAAAUCGAAGCUUGUCCCCAACUCCUCUAUCAAAGAAGCCACAAAGUGCAACCACCAGUGGAAAGGAACUGCCAUCAACCUCCUCGACGGUGUCACCUUCAAGCUUCAAAAACCCCAUCCCAUUAUUCAAAGACACAAGUGUAGGCCAAGAAGCCAGUGAAGAAAGGUUGGACGAUGAUCAGUGUCCAGUUCGUUCACCAUCACAGUCGGUUGAUACUACGGAUCAAGCUAGUGUUCUGAGAAAUGAUUUGGAUGCCCUGCUCAGCGAGUUGAAUAACUUGAGUGGUGGUUUAGUCUACACAGCUAGUGAUAACACACUUGGUAAAGGCUCUGGAAAUUGCAAUCACUCCCCACAUGACCAAAGAGAAGAAGCAGCACAGUCAUCUUUGCCAUCUGGGUCCAAUUCACUGAACAACCUACCCGAGGAAAGCGAAGCUAGUUACAAGGUUCAAAUACUGAAGGAGGUGCGAAAGCCUGGAAGAAAUUACGAGAAGAUCUUCGCUGUGCUUGAAAAAGUACACGGAUCUGCGGAAAUACAGAAACGUUUGAUUUUCGUUGCAAUCAAGGAGGCAGCCAGAUUUAAAAAACGAGUCUUAAUUCAACGCCUUGAGGCACUGUUAGAAGAACUACACUUCAAGAACCUCCCAACCUGCACCAUUAAUGAUGUCCAGGAAGAGAUUCCAGUUGAAUUUCCAAAGUAACUUUUUCAUGAAUGACAAACUUGCUGCUCUUGUUUCUGUAAUGAAUAAAACCUGUGUGAAUCUCUGCCCUUUUCUAUAAGGCAACUUUAUAUUACAAGAAUCUGAGCAUUACUGAUAGCAUUUUCCUUUGACAUCCUUUGGCCAGCAGAAGCUGGGACCACGUAGUCAUAGCGGUUUCCUUAGAAGGAAUGAGGUGGCCUUUUUUGUGAAAGGGGAUAACUCUUUCAGAGGGUUGACAUGUCACAUACCAGACGUUCACAUGAAUGUGGAUAGUGUUCCCCCACCCUUUGCAUAGACAAGACAAACUAUCCUAAACUCAACCACCACACUUUCCAAAGCCAGUGGGCAUUGCCAUAGCCCUAAUUUCAUAAACUAGUAUUUGCUGUUGCAUUUUUUAAGCCUUUGAUUUGAUUUUGGGUUUUCUUGCAUUAUUUGUUUCGAGAUCUAUCUAUUCCUCUACCCAGUGUACCUCAUUCUCAAUGAGCCUUCUCUUAGGAGAAAAAAAAAGUUUAUGCAAAACCAACUGCCACCAACUAAGCUGGCCAGUGCACACAACAUUCCACAGCACCCAUAAUCUUCUCUCUCCCCUAUGGAAAGAGCCAAGCUUAGCCAUGCCUUUUCAGUGAUGCAGGUUUCUAAGUAGACGGAAUCGGCAAGUAAAUAACUCUGCUGUUUGGGUAUUAAUGAAAAAGAAAGACAGCCCAGAGACUCUGUAUCCCUGAUCAUUUUUCCUAGCACUGGUUACACCUCCUCUCAUAGCCCCUGACACGUUAUGUCCCCUCUUCUGCUCUCUAGUCCAGCCACACUGUCUGUUUCCUGUUCCUCACACAUACUGCUCCUUUUUUUGUCAUCCCACUACCUUGGCACUAGCUGUCCCCCAUGCCUGGAAGGUUCUCCUUCUUUGCAUCCCUCCCUUAGACUCCCUAGCUUCCUUCAAGAUACAGUUCAAAUGCAGCCUCCUUCUGGACACCUUUCCCAGGCCACCAGGCAUCCCCCCAGCCACUAGUGUCUUUGCUGCUCAGGUUCUCUUGUACCCCACCUGUAUGGAUCUUGUAUGCCUGUAUACAUACACAUCAUCUCUCCCGUUAGAAUGUAAGCUCUUUGACGGCAGGGCCUAGUUUGCCUAUUUCUUUAUAUCCCCAGUGCUUAGAGGGGUGUCUAACACCCAUACAUACGCUUAUUAAUUUGAAUUGAUUAAAUCCUCUGACCAGUCCUUGAACAAUCUCCCUUCCCUCUUUUUGGCUUUGUUUACAGAUUUUUUAAAAAUACAUUUGAAAUUUUCCAGAUCUUUGACCUCAGUUGGGUUUUCUUUCACCCUUGGUGGACGGUGCUUCGCAAAACACACUUGUAUUCACUAUGCCCUGUAAAUGCUAGAAGUCUUUCAUGUUCUUCAAAGAUUUAUUUUUGAGCAGUAUUGUUAAAGUCAUUGAUUCUGUGAUAAUUGUAUCUGUUUACAAGUAAGCUUUGAACUGAAAUAAACUUUUGUUACUCUUAAAAA